UGGAAAUGUCGGAAAUGUAUAGCUGCAUCUAUUUUCCAAAUAAUUUUUGCUGUUUUAGAAAAUAAACACGAAGAUUCGAUUGACGUCGAGGAGAAAAACGAAAAUGAUGAAAACGAAGAUUUGAUCAUAGAUCCUGAUAGUGAAGAGCUAGAUUUCCAUCAUUCAAGAAUAACGAAAUUAGAAAACUUAGAACCAUUGAGGAAAAUACGUAAAUUAUGUUUUACAUGGAACUUGAUCAAGAAAAUUGAGAAUCUUGAUACCCUUACAACUUUGGUUGAAUUAGAAUUAAGGGAUAAUCAGAUUGUUACCAUAGAAAAUUUAAAUGCCCUUGUAAAUUUGGAAGUUUUAGAUAUAUCUUUUAAUCGUAUUAAAAAGAUAGAAGGAUUAGAAAAUUUAAUGAAUCUGCAAAAGUUGAUCCUGUCGUCGAAUAAAAUUCAGUGCAUUGAAAAUAUAUCGCAUCUGAAGAAUCUUACAACUCUCGAGUUAGGUGACAAUAAAAUACGAGAGAUCGUCAAUCUUGAAGGUCUUGAGAAUCUAACAUAUCUGUUCCUUGGUAAAAAUAAAAUUACAAAGAUUGAAAACUUAGGAUGUUUACAAAAUCUCCAGUUAUUAAGUUUACAAAGUAAUCGCAUUACAAAAAUAGAAAAUUUAGAAGAAUUACAGAAACUGGAUCAGUUGUAUCUAUCUGAAAAUGGGAUAAUGAGCAUAGAAGGGCUAACAAACUGUCCAAGACUAACUACACUGGAUUUGGCUAACAACAAAAUCAAAAAAAUUCAAAAUAUUGACCAUCUUGAGGAUUUAGAAGACUUUUGGAUAAAUAAUAACAUGAUUGAAGAUUGGGGAACUAUAGAAAAUUUAACAGCCAAUAAAAAAUUACAAACUGUUUACUUAGAACAUAAUCCUGUUGCCACAGAUCUAAAUUAUAGAACAAAAAUAAAAUUGUUGUUGCCAUGGCUUGUUCGAUUAGAUGCAACACUUUGCAGAUGAAUUAUACAAUACUCCAAAUUAGAUCAUCUUGUAAUGAUAAUUAUUUAAACCGUGUCUACUGACUUUGUCAUUUACCUCUUAGUAUUAUUUGAAAAGAUUAUUUUCAACAAAAAGGUAACAUCAGAGAAUAUACUUCAGCUUUAUUAACAAAA